GUUGCUGUGUUGUGUUUAAGUUGUUAGGGUAUGGGCGUGGGCAAAUUCGUAAUUCCAAAAAUGCGCUUUAAACUUGUGUUUAUGUUGUCCAUAGUGCUUUUGCAUAUAGCAUUGAUUUCAGCCAAUUGUACAAUUCCACCCGUUAUUCAAGAUUCAUGGUUUUCUUGGGAAAAUGGUAAGAGUACCAUUACGGAGAUCAAUGGAGAUUCAAUGUCGAGGAAAGGGCGCUGCCUCGCAAUGAAAGAAGAAUACCAUGUCAACUACACGUUUGUUUUCAAGGAAGAUACGUUAACUUGUUAUAAUUGUGUGAAGCUCAUUGUACGGACAGUGAACGUUCUCGAGAAAAUAGAGACACCCUGUGUCACAAUUGGAGCAAAUGAAGAACCAACAGUUGAGAGAGUUUGCAGAGGUUUACAUUCGGAUCAACAGCUGAUAACACUUUUCUCAGAAAAUUAUGUGCCUGUUAAUUGUCGGUCCAGUUUAGAAGGAGUGUGGCAGUUUGCAUACCAGAAUCGCUUUCGUUUUACUGGAGAAUGCGAUCAUCCAGAUGCUCAGAUUCGUUCCUGUCAAACUGCUGGAACACAGUUUCUCAUCACAAAUCAGAAAUUUAAUAUAACUUACAAGAAAUGUCCCGGAAUGGAACAGACUUUUGAUGGAGUUGUUGAGUACAGUUGUUUAGGUGACUGGUUUGUGGACAAAAACCACUUCUUUGCAGUGGCUAAUACCAAAGAAUCCAGGAAAGAUGAGAAGUACAGGUGUUUCCUAAAAAAUAGGGAUGAUGAUCUUUAUAUUGGUGUGUCAAUUACAGCAGAGUGUAACACACUGAAGACAGUGGAGAAGAGUCCAGAGAGACUCCGUGUUACAGCAGUAAAGGCUGAAGUGGUGGAACCAGGGUGCAGACUACCUCAGAAUUUCUCUGGUGAAUGGAUAAAUACUGCGAAUAUAGAUGCAGACAUAAUGAUUAAUGAAACUCAUAUUGUAGAAACUUGGUUUCCGGAUGAGGGAAGAUUUCGGCGUACAAUAUAUACUUGCCGUGAACAGAGGGGCACUCGUUACAUGAUGGCAAGGCUCACUGUUGAUGGCUGUCAGAAAGAUUAUGUGUGUUUUGAUUUUGUGCCCCAGCACCAUAAUAUCAUCAGAUAUCGCCGUGGUAUAGCAGUUAUAAAAGAUGAUUUCCAUACAGUCUGUUCUUGGGUUCAGUUCAAAAAUAAGGAAGCCUGGAAAUAUGAUCUUUAUUUAUCAAAGAGGCCAGUACCUGUUCAGUGUCCUGUGGCAGGAAAAUUUAAUUUCACACAGCGUGGGGAUGUUCCAUUCGAAACCCGUAUUCUUGGAGGUGUUACACUGUCACCAAGACCAAAUAUCUAUUGCAAACAGAAUAUAUCAGACUUCUCUGUGUGUGACAUUGAACAGAAAGAAAUUUCAAUUGAUGAAACUUACUGCCUUAGUGUGGAUCAUUUGGGAAGACCUGUUGAUAUAUACAGUGACCCUGAUUACAAGAUGAAAUGUAUUGGAUUCUGGAAAGAGAAUCUAAAAUCAUAUCUUAUAACAUAUGAUGAACUGGAUCCAUACAGCAAGUAUCGUUGUUGGGUAUACCAAAGAGCUGACCUUAACAGAGUUCUGAUGUCCCAAGCAAUAGGUCCUUACUGUGACCUGAAGCAGGAUGUUACUAGCUGGAAUUUCACCGAAGGUGCAGCAGUGGCUUUAGAGAUGCAAGAAUAUGAAAGAGAACGUGAUCAGUGUCCAAUGCACUUCGACGAUGGUAGCAACCCCUGGUUGAAAAGAGACAACUACAUACAAAUUUUUAGGUUUGGCAACCAUGCAUAUUCACUACAGAAUGAGAUUAUUUGCAUAUUAAUGGGUCUUUUAUGUUCAUUAAUCAGGCUCAGGAUGAUUCUUUGACUGCUGUAAAUGUUGAGUGUUCUUGUUGGACCUGUUUGCAGGAAGGAUGUGGAAGAUUUUCUGCUCAUGGGCAUGUUGUUCUUUUUUAGCCGAUAAUGUGACAUAUUUUGUAUUUGAUUAAAUGUGUCCUGUGAAAAUAUCAGUUUUUACAUAUUUAUGACAGAUGAAAUGUUUUUAUAUUGAGACAUGUUACGCUUAGAAGUGGUUUUUACUUAAUUAAUCUAUACAGUAACAUAAAAGCCGUGGACAACUUUGUAGCAUUUAAAGCCUGUUGUAUAUUAAGUGAUCUUGUUUGCAAUUUGGUCCCAAAACAGAAAUUGUGUAUCUAAUUGCUGUUAAAGGUGAAAUACCGUGCAGAGGGGGAGUCAUUGUCUGCAGAGGGGGAAUCAUUGUCACUUAUUUCAUCUUUUGUAAUUGCAUUUUGAUGAAAAGACUGUCUUCAUUAAUGUUACUGUUACACUUACCAUCACUGCUGUUUUAGUAGUAAGUGGAUAGAUUUAUGUUUGUAAAGAGAAGUCAUGUAUUGCUUCUCUCAGUAAUGUGAGUUUCGUAUUUGCAUGUAAUAUUUCCAAUAAUGUGGACACAAGCAAUUCAAAGUAUGAAAAAAUUAUUUUGCCAAGUGAUAGUAUACAGAUGACAAUUUUUUUCUGUACUUUAAAUAUUCACAGAUUCUUAUGCACCAUAAUAUUAAUGCAGUAAUGGUCUUAAAAUGUACAGCAUAUAACAAGUCAGAGAAGGUCUGUGAGACUUUCCUUAUAAAAAAAAUCAGUAAAUACAUGGAAUGAGGCCAAAGUCUCUCUAAAUUGUGUGUCAUCAGUUCUCUUGUACUGUGUUAUGAUGGAUAUGUUUGUUUCUGCAACAUUUUGUCUCACACUUAGCAUAUUUUCCAGCUGUUUCUGUAAAAAAAUUUCAGUAGAAACAUUGAUGUAUCAUCUCAAGUGUGACUUUUCACAUUCUUUCCAAAUUUCUGUUCAAAGAGUAAAGUAUUCCUUAAAAAAAGGCAGAAGAAAAAGAAUAAAAGUUACUUCAACAUGUAUGUAAAUAAAAAGGGCUGUCCUUGUUACCUGUGUACUUCCAGAUUUUCCAAGAUGUGUUGGUACACAAAUGUAACAACAACAGAAAAUUUUUGAUUCUCCAUUAAAGGCCACGGAAAUGAACUGAUUGUGACUGUUAUAGGUAUUCUUGAGGAAGCAAAUUUAGCAUAUGUAAAUCAAAUUUAAGUCGUGUAAUUUCUCAUAUGGAUAAAAGUACAACAACCUAUACUAGAUUUGUUUUCCCCCCACCACUUCCUCCAAUUCUGUCCUACAUCAGAUCAGCUUCAUACUGGAUCAUGUUGAUGCAAUGUCCACAGUGUGCAAUUGCUAAGAAGCAACCAUCAAGAUCAUUUUUGUAUGAUAAAAACAUGCUCAUCGUGCAUCUCAUGCCAUAGUUGAUAGAAUGCCAUGCCCCUGCUCCACUCAUCCCUUCUUUUCGACCAAUUCUAAUGUUUGCACGCAUUUUCAGUAAUAUGUGGACUUAAUUGUAAAUCAUAGAACUGAAACUAAACUUCCAUAUGAUUUCAGUGCUGCUCACUGACACUUGUACCUACAUGUCUUUAUCAUUCUGAAGUAAUGGACCCAAAGCAUAAAAUUUUCCUUCAGUUAAUUAAAGGUUUUUAACCAUACUAAUCCAAAUGCCACAGUUUUAAACAUUCAGAUUAAAAAUUAGUACCUUGUCCCCCAGGGAAAAUUACCUGAACUGGAGAUAAUUACUUCCUCCUUCACACAAUACUUCCAGUACAAGGAGAGUGACUUUUGCAGCAACUUUUCAUCCUUUAUAGUUUGAAUAUGAAUACUUAUCUUAAGCAGUAUGAAUCUAGAACUAAUGUAAAAGAGUCCCAUGUGUAAACUGACAUGAACUUGAUUAUCUAUAUGACAAUGAAUCUCAUUAUUCAAAUCUUCCUUAGGAGUUGAGGGUUAAGGAGACAUGCCUAGAAGUCAUUGGUUUUGAAUAGGGUUAUCACUCCACUGCUGCAUUUUAAUCACCAGUGUUUCAGAGAAAUUAACCUGAAUUUUCACAUCAGGUUCACGAUAUUGAUUAAAUUUAUUUAACACGUUGACUGUUAGGAGGCUAAUGGCCGCCACAGCAGAGUCUUGUUCCUAAUGUCCUGUCAUUGCAGUGCAUUGCAUUGUGCAUGCAGCAGUCGACAAGUUUAACAACGUUGCCUUUAAAAUAAAGGAGGGUUGUGGAGACAUGCUGUUAAGUCAUUGUUUUUAAAUAAGGUUAUCACCCAAAUGGUUUAUUUUAAUUACCAGUGUUUCAGAGUAAUGAACUGGAAUGUCCACAGUAGGUAUUAAUUAAACAUACUUUAAUAAUCCUGCCUUUUGUAGUCCUCAAUUAUACACACAUCAGUUAAUGUUGAUACAAUUAUAAUAUGAAUAUGGUAUUUCCCCAGUACUGUGGGGGGCACAGCCUUCUUAAACAUUCAGCCAGUAAACUUGAAUCAUGUGUGUUAUACUGCUGCCACAGUUUGAAUACAAGAAAUGCUGUAGGCAGUACAGUGUUGUUAUGAGUAAAAUUCUGCUUUUAAAAUGGAAAAAUAGCAGUGGAAAUGCUAUUUAAGAAAAUUGUAAUGUGUCUGAAUUUUGACAGUAACCUCAGUUCAUGAAAUUUGUACUUAAUUAUUUGCUCUCGGUUGCUGGCAAGACCUAUUUAAAUGUGCAUAGGAAUAUUGUGCCUCAUUUUUUUUUAAACUUUUUGACAGUGACAUCAAUUAAAUAUGUGUUUCUUGUAUCAUAAGCAAUAGUUAAGUCAUAUUGUUACCAUUUAAUACUAUUGUGGGAUGUGUUAUGCAUCAUUAGGAACAUAAUUUAUAAUGAAUUUGUGAUUGGCAGUAUUGAGUUUUAAGAUUUCAAAAAAUAUGAGGAUGAUGAAAAUAAAAAAGCAAUAACUAUGUGUUCCAUCAAUCUCAGAAAUGUUUGUGAUAAAUACAGAGCUGCAUAGAUAUUUCCCAGCUCCCAUUAAAUGUAUUUGCAAUAUCAUGAAAUGCUGUGGAACAUGUCAGUUGAUUUACGAAAACACACAUUUUUCAGUGACUGUUUGGUUGCAUGAUGACAAUUUAUGAGUACAUGAGUAAAUUAUAUUUAUAUCUACAUUAAAUAUAAUUUAGUGAGAGUAUUAAUCAGUAAGAGUUGAUUUUUAAGUUCCAUUAAUUACUUUAGCCAUUUGCCAUGUUAUGUAUAUUUCUUAAUGCUAUCUUUAUCUGUAUAUGAAAUAUUAUAUUUUUCUUUGAUGUUUGAACUCCCCCCCCCCCCCCCCUCCCCCCAAGGAAAGUUUGUAUUCAUUUAGUGGGAACAUUUUUGUAUCUUGCCUUUUUUAAACUAUUGUACUUCUCCAACCCACUAAAAGCUUCCAUAGGAUUGCAGGGUAAUUCAGAAAAAGUGUAAAAUAAUGAUCUUCCUCUCGCCCUUGUGCCACAAUUCUAAUCUUUAUUAUUUUGUGACUGUGCAAUGUCACCUAAAUUAUUAAAAUAGUUUCGUAUGCGGUAUGUGGCAAUUGGUUCUCCAUGGCACUAUGGCAGCUCUAUCCAGCAGAUAUGAGAAGUGCGAUCUGAUUGUGAAUUUGAAUACACAGUUUUAACUGAAAACAGAGGAGUGUGUUUUAAUUAUUAACAAAUAUUGGUGAAAAUAAUCAUAAACACCAAGUGAUGGCAGGAGAAAAUGCUUAAAAGAUGUGGAAAUGAAUGAGCUUUUGGAGCCAGUGGUGCCAUCGUGUUUCAGAAGGAUUGAAGGGAAAAGAAGAGGGAUGAAGGGAAAGGACUAGUGAGAUUUAGUAAAUGGGAAGAGUUAUGGAAAAGUCACCCUGAACCCCAAUUGAGAGGAGCUUACUUGGACAGGAUGAGAAGAAAAGACUGGUAGUUAGUGCUUGCACCAAAUGAAAUUUAAAAACCUAGAAACUUAAAGAUAGAAUAAUAAACAAGAUAGAAUUACUGAAAAAAAGAUCAUGAGAGUCAAUAAAAGCAGAAAGCUAAGUGCAUUAUACAUGUAGGUAGUUGAGAAGGGUGGGGAUAAAUAGGCAACUCAUAAAAUAAAGGAUAUAUAUAAAUAAAAGGGAGUGAAGAAAAGGAAUAGUUACUCAAAACAAAUACUAUUACCACAGAAAUUCACAUCAAUUUUGAGGUAGAUGAGUGGUGAAAUCUGAGCACAUGUUGUAAAGCCAGUCCCACCUGUGGAAUUUUGAGCAGCUAGUGUCAGGAGGGAGAAUCCAGAUGGUACAUGUGGUGAAACGGACUCUGCAGUCACGUGUGUGCUCUGCAACAGAAUAUUGUGUGUUGCCAGUAUACGCCAUCUGUCUGUGCCCAUUCAUUGUAAAUGAUAACUUGAACUGGGCUCUGAUCAACUCUUUCAUGGUAUUUUUUGUUUCAGUAAUUACUAUAUUACUUGUUACCCUGUCUUCCACCUUUAAAUUCUCAUUUUUUCAAAUCACAUCUGGUGCAGUCACCAACAAACUGUCUUUCCCUCUCAUCCCAUCCAGUAAGUCUCCCCUGAUUUAUGACUUGUCCAUAUCUCCUCUCAUUUCCUAAAUCUCACUAGUCUUUUUCUUUCAUCUUUCUUCUUCCCCCUUCAACUCUUCUGCCAGAAGAUGGUGCCACUUGCUCAGAAAGCUCUCCUGUUUCGACAUCUUUGUGUGUUUUCUCCUGCCACCACAGGUGACUAAGAUUUUUAUGCAUCCGUAUUAUAAAAAUAAGAUACUAUUUGAGAUAAAUAUAUCGCAGAUUUGUGAUUCACAGUGUACUUUGUUUUGGAUGUUAUUUACAAAUAAAUGUGGCAGUAUUACUCACUAUAUUUAAUAAAAUAUAAAAUAGUCUGUCUAUCAUUUUAUUAAGAUAAAAACAGUACAAACAUGUUUUUAGCACCAGUAGAAAAUGAUACUGAUAUUUCACUGUAAAAAUACAGCAACCAGCCACUUUUUUAAUGCGUUUUAUUUAUGCCAAUAUGCAUUUCGGGUUUGCACCCAUCUUCAGCUGGCAAAUUACAUGGAUCUUCAGUUAUUACAGUAGUACAAUCUCGACAGCAGUUUGGAUGCUGCAGCAGGCCUGUGCAAAAGCAAUGAUUCCAAUCAUUUACUUCAAUUUCGCGAGUUUAAAGUUAUGCAUAACUUUAAACUCGCGAAAUUGAAGUAAAUGAUUGGAAUCAUUGCUUUUGCACAGGCCUGCUGCAGCAUCCAAACUGCUGUCGAGAUUGUACUAUUGUAAUAACUGAAGAUCCAUGUAAUUUGCCAGCUGAAGAUGGGUGCAAACCCGAAAUGCAUAUUGGCAUAAAUAAAACGCAUUAAAAAAGUGGCUGGUUGCUGUAUUUUUACAGUGAAAUAUCAUUAUCCACGGCCACGGAGCUCAACAGUCCAAAUAUAAUGGACAAAUUGUUAGAAAAUGAUACAUUUGUAAUGUAAUUAUUGAGAAUAUAAAGGUUCAAAGUAAAAUAUUGCAUCAAUCCGUCCAUUCUCAGUAUUUGAAUAUGCAUUGUUGGAUGUCAAGUAAUUCCUGUAUCAGUUUGUGUGUUUGAAUGAUUUGCUAGAUGGUAACAGUGUGUAAAUUCAAAACUCAUGUGAUUAUUACUGAUGUCACAUAUACUAGAUUUAUCCAGUGGGAUUUGACAAAUUGAUUCUCUUUGAUGUCUGUUAGUAUUUUGACAUAGCAGAAAUUCUGCUAGAACUUUUUCAUGUAAAGAAAAGUGUGCCUUACUUUCAUAUUUAUACAUCGUCUAAGCAGACAGUAAUAAGUAAUCCAAAAGUUUUAAAAUGUAUAGCAAAUGAUUUUGUUGCAGCUACCAGUAAACUACAUGAAAUUCUGUUGUAUAAUGCACACACAAUAUUAAUAACUCACUUUUAUAUAAGUGUUCAUUUUAAAUGGUUGUAUAUGAAGUUUUAUGUAGCAAACUGAAAAAUGUAAUGAUUUUUAACAAAUUUUAUGUUAAUAAAAUUUUCUAUUCUUUGUAA